AUGUGUAAUCAGUCUUCCUCCCUCUGCUCCUCGCUUCUCGCUCAGAGUGAGACGUCCUGCUCCUCCGCCGCUCUCUGCGCUCUCUUGCCUCCGCUGCUAGCUUUAGCCUGCGAGCUAGCUCUGCGCACAAACAUGGCUCUUUCGCAGGCUUUAUCCGAGGAGGAGUUCCAUCGGAUGCAGGCACAGCUGCUGGAGCUGAGGACCCAGAACUAUCAGCUGUCCGAUGAACUCAGGAAAAGCUCUGCAGAGCUGAACAAUCUCCGACAGAGAAAUGCGGUUCUGGAGAAAGACUUUAUUAAAGCUCAGAAGGCGGUGACCAAAAGUAAAAAGGCUCAGGAAGUGGACGCUCUUUUGGGGGAGAAUGAGAUGCUUCAGGCCAAACUCCACAGUCAGGAGGAAGACUUCAGACUCCAGAACUCCACCCUGAUGACGGAGCUGUCCAAGCUGUGCACUCAGAUCGAGCAGUUAGAAAACGAGAACAAGGCUCUGAAAGAAGGGAGAGAAUCUUCAGCCUCAGGUUCUGCUCCGUCCACAUCGCCCCCUACAGGCAACGAUGACCUUCUGCAACUACACGCUGAGAACGCCUCCUUACACAAAAAAAUCAAAGUUUUGCAGGAGCAGCUCGACCGAGACCAGGGUCGAACCGCGGCAGACGGAGAAACCUCGGACUCCAAAGAGGCAGCAGCGAAUCACAGACAAGAACAGACCUCGAAUCAGUUUGAACAGACGGACAAACGGGUUUCUGAGCUGGAGCUGUCCCUAAACACAGAAAAAGAAGCUCAGAGGCUGCUCCGGGACCAGCUCAAAGCACUGGAGACGUCCAAACACACAGAGACCUCAAAACUACAAGAAGAAGUCACAAAGCUUUCAGAGAAAUUAAAAAAGAAGCAGGAAAGUUUCCAGCGUUUGCAAGGAGAGAAGGAGGCUCUGUACAACGACAGCCGGACAAAGAUUGAAGAAAUAAAUCAGAGGAAAGAAGAGGAAAUGAAGGCUCUAAACUCCAGGAUGCACAAGAUUCACACAGACUUCCUCUCAGCCAAUCAGCUGUCGUCGGAGCUGAGAGAGCAGCUCCAGAGUAAAGUCAAGGAGCAUGAGUUGGCGAUGCACACGCUGAGAAACCAGGCGGCCAAUCAGAGCGCAGUAACUCAGGAGCAGGUGGAUAACAUGCUGCAGGAGAACGAUGCCCUGAGAACCAACCUGGCAGCUCUAGAACAGAUUCAAACGGCAAAAACUCAGGAGAUGAACUUGCUCCGAGAACAGCAGGAGGCGCUGGCGAGUGAGCUGCAGCAGAAACGAGUGGAGAGCGAGAGUUUACUGGCUCAGAAGGACGACCUGCAGUCACAGUUACAGGAGUCUAGUUUUGCGAAUAGGAAACUUCUGGAGCAGCUGACAGAUGAGGGACAAGAGAAAGACCAACUGUUACAAGAGCUCGACGAGUCCAAAAAGACGGCAGAGAAGAGGAAAUCGAUGCUGGAUGACAUGGCCAUUCAGCUGAGCCAGGAGAAGUCUGACCACAAGGAGGCGCUGUCGGACCUCAAACUACAGCAUGAGAAGGAGGUUUUGGCGGUGAGAGCUCGGUACGAGAAAGAACUGCGAGGACUCCAUGAAGACAAGAGCAGGUCUGAGGAGGAGAUCCGGCAGCAGCUCAGGGACGAAAAGGCUAAAACCAAAGAACUGGAGGGACUGCUGGUGAAGGUGGAGGAGCUGCAGAACCAGGUCCAGUCCAUGGAAGGGACUAAAGGCUGGUUUGAAAGAAGACUCAAGGAAUCUGAGGAGAACUUGGAACAGAAGAGUCUGAAGCAUCAGGAGCAGAUUGACAAACUGCAGAUGGAUCACGCUGAGCAGAUGCAGGGUAAACUUUCUGAGCUGGAGACGGUGCAGCAGCAGAUGGUGGAGAUGGACAAACAAAGGGAAGAACUGCAACAGACCAUUGACAAACUGCGACAGGAAGUCAAAGACACAGUGGACGGACAGAGGAUUCUGGAGAAGAAGGGAAGUGCAGCGUUAAAGGACCUGAAGCGACAACUGCAGCUGGAGAGGAAGAGAGCGGACAAACUGCAGGAGAGACUUCAGGACGUCCUCACCAAGACCAGGACGGCCGGUCUGGAGGAGCUGAACCUGGCCGAGAUCCACAGUCCGAGCAGAACUCAACAAACCGGAGACUCUUCUUCUGUGUCGUCCUUCUCCUUCAAAGACAUGAUGAAGGAGCCGCCGGCCAAUCAGAGCAAGUCUGGAGGGGGCAGUCCUUCGUCGCAGCGUCCGGGCGAUCUCUCUGAUGACGAGGUGGGGGAGUUGUUCCAGCGGCUGGCCGAGGUGCAGCAGGAGAAGUGGAUGCUCGAGGAGAAGGUGAAACAUUUAGAAGUGAGCUGCUCGUCGAUGGCUGAAGACAUCUGCAAAAAGAGUGCGAUUAUUGAGACGUACGUCAUGGACAGUCGCAGAGACGUGUCGGCGUGUGGGGCGGGUGGGGCUCACGGUGCGGCCCACACAGAGCGAGGCAAACUGGGCUCUGUUCUGAGGGAUCUGGUCAAACCCGGAGACGACAACCUCCGAGAGAUGAACAAGAAGCUGCAGAACAUGUUGGAGGAGCAGCUGACCAAGAACAUGCACCUGCAGAAGGACCUGGAGGCUCUUUCGCAGGAGCUGGUUCGCAUCAGUAAAGACGGCUCCAUCUCCAGCUCAGGAUGA